AUGAGUGCUGUGCGAUUCACGGCCAAACAGGUCCUAGAACAGAUAUUUUCCAAUGACUCUGACUGCGACGAGGAAGCGGACGAGGAAGCGUCCGAAGACGAAGACGGGGAGGAAUACAACCCAGAGGACGAGGAGACCACAGAGGACGACGACGACGACGACGACGACUACGACGCCGCAGCCGCUGCCGCCGCUGACGACGAGGACAAUGUCCAAGUAGAACAAGAAGACAUCAUCCUGGAGAUGACCAAUCUGGAGGGCGUUCGAAAAUACGGAGCCCGAGGCGACGGGGACGGCGACGGCGACGACCGCCACUACGCCGACGACGACGGCCACGAAGACCACGAAGACCGCGACCGCGGCGGCGGCGGCCGCUGGAAAGCGAUGGACUCCACAGACCUGCGAGCCUACGUAGGGCUGCUCAUCCUAGCCGGCGUGUACAGGUCCCGAGGCGAAGCGGCCUCUAGGCUCUGGGACGCCGAGAGCGGAAGGACCAUUUUCCGCGCAACCAUGCCGCUCAAAGUCUUUCACGCUUACUCGAGACUCCUUCGCUUCGACGACCGCCAGACCAGAGCCGAGAGACGCGCAGCAGGCGGCGGUGACAAACUUGCGGCCGUGAGAGAGGUCUGGGACAAGUGGGUCGAGAGGCUGCCGCUCCUCUACAACCCCGGGGCCGACGUGACGGUGGACGAGCAACUGGUCCCUUUCAGAGGCCGAUGUCCUUUCCGCCAGUAUAUCCCAAGCAAGCCGGCCAAAUACGGCAUCAAGACAUGGGUGGCCUGCGACUCCAAAUCCAGCUACGCCUGGAAGAUGCAGGUCUACACCGGCAAGGCCACAUGCGGAGGCCCCGAGAAGAACCAGGGGAUGAGGGUCGUGCUCGAUUUGACGCAGGGACUCAGGGGUCACAACGUCACCUGCGACAAUUUCUUCACCUCAUACGAGCUCGCGCGCCAGCUCCUGACCAGGAACGUCACCGUGGUCGGCACAGUCAGAAAGAACAAGCCAGAGCUCCCGCAGGCGCUGCUCGCCUCAAAGGACAGGCUCCUCUUCUCCUCCAAGUUCGCCUUCACGCCCACCACCGCUCUAGUGUCCUACCUGGCAAAGAAAAACAAGAACGUCUUACUCCUGAGCACGCUGCACACCGAGGCUCACGUUAGCCGUCGCCAGGACAAGAAGCCGGCCAUCGUCCUAGACUACAACAGCAACAAGGGAGGUGUGGACAACCUAGACAAGGUGAUUGGAACCUACAGCUGCAGGAGGAUGACCGCGCGCUGGCCCCUGGUCAUCUUCCACAACAUCCUUGACGUGUCCUCUUACAACGCUUUUGUCAUAUGGCGAGAGCUCAACCCCACUUGGAUGCCUGGCAAGCGAAACAAGAGGAGGGUGUUCCUCGAGCAGCUGGGAAAGGCACUAGUGACUCCGUUCAUACAAAGAAGGGCCCGUCUCCCUCGCACCGAAGCCUCUGCGGCGCUCGUCAAAGCUGUUCAGAGGGCUACGUAUCGUGAUCAGCCCAGGCGGGAUCACGCCCCCGCAGCACCGGACCACGCAGCACCGGCCCAAGCACCCAACCCCGCACAACCCAGUAAGAGGAAGAGGUGUCAGGUCUGCCCCACAAAGAAGGACUGUAAAACACACACGGUGUGCACCAGGUGUAACAAAUACAUCUGCAAAGGCUGUUCGCACCCAUACUGUCCCACAUGUUCCAACUGGGCCUUUAGUGAGAGGGGGACAGUUCGACCCGGAGGGCACGGCGUGUGUACAGAAUACCAGGACAACGGGAGGGGAGGAAGUUGUUUCUAA